AUCCAACUUAUAUUGUCCAUGUGUAAGGUGUCAUGACUUGUGAGGGCGCGACACGUUUCACACUGUAGUGGCGAUGAGGAUCCCGAGCUUCAUACUCUUAUCUGCAAGAAGAAAUAUCUCGACUUUUUCCAAGAAACAGAGCACCGAAAGCCCAGUUAGAUCCCACUGUCAAGUUUGAAUUUUGAUACGGGACCCGUAAUGGCCGUCGAUUCGGAUGACAAGAGACACAUCGUCGUCAAGAUCGACGGCGACGAAGGCUCCGUCGCUAACGCCGUUACAGGGUCGAGCAACAAAGCGAAUGCCGGAAAGAUCUGGCGGGAAACGAGCUACGAUUUCCGACAAGGCGGAGACGGCGGCGAGAACGACGGUGAGUUUGAUUUUACGCGGCGGAGGGAGAGGACUGAGGUGGCAGAUCCGCCGUCGAGGCUCAUCGAUCGGUUCCUACACCAGCAGAAAGCCUCCGGCGAGAUCUCACUCGACAUGGAUAUCAACAUGACGGAGCUACAGAGCAACACCGCGACGCCGUCACGUGGCCUGACGGCGAUUUCCGACACUCCGUCUCCGGAGACGGCGACUAACCGUUUCGUCUCUGAAUCUGGCAGGUUAAGGAAUGCUGACGCCGUUAGACGGAGGCAGAGCACGGUUCUGCGUUCGCCGGCGAAGAAGGACUGUGAAGGCAGUGACGAAGAAGACGAUGGAGAUGAAGCAGAGGUUGUGCAGUGUAGCUCGAACAGGUCGUUGAGAAACAAGACCUUGAUGAAGACGAAAACAAGAUCUAGGUUGUUGGACCCACAGACGCCGGCGCAUCCAGCGACGGACAAGACAGAGAUGAAAUCUGGUCGGAUUCGGAAAUCUGGGUUUAUGGGUAAGAGCCCUAAGACGGCGACGGCCCACGGCGGUGGAACAGUGGAGGAGGAGGAAGAGGAAGAUCCAUUUUCCGACGAGGAUUUUCCGGAUGAGUUUAAGAAAGAUAAAUUCAGCUUCUGGGUUUUCUUGGAGUGGAUAAGUCUGUUUGUGAUCAUAGCUGGUCUGAUUUGCAGCCUUACUGUCCCUCGUUUGCGCGGCAAGAAACUAUGGAAGCUUGAUCUAUGGAAAUGGGCUGUGAUGAUUCUGGUUUUGAUCUGUGGAAGACUGGUUUCGAGCUGGAUCGUGAGGAUUGUCGUGUUCUUUGUCGAAAGCAACUUCCUUUUGAGGAAGAGGGUUCUGUAUUUCGUGUACGGAAUCCGAAAGGCCGUUCAGAACUGUCUGUGGUUAGGGCUCGUGUUAAUCGCCUGGCAUUUCUUGUUCGACAAGAAAGUCGAGAGAGAAACUCGAAGCUCGACCCUUACGUAUGUCACCAAGGUUCUGGUCUGUUUGCUCGUUGCUGUGAUCGUAUGGCUGGUGAAAACCCUUCUAGUUAAGGUCCUUGCUUCGUCCUUCCACAUGAGCACAUACUUUGAUCGGAUUCAAGAAUCCUUAUUCACUCAAUACGUGAUCGAAACACUCUCUGGACCUCCAUUGAUCGAGAUUCAGAGAAUAGAGGAAGAGGAGGAGAAACUAUCGAACGAGGUGAAGAGUUUACAGAACGCAGGAGCUGCAUUGCCUCCGGGUCUAAAGGUGACUUGCCCUUCACCUCACAGCGGAAAACCCGCCAUCGGAAGUGGAAAGUUGCAGAAGAGUCCUACCAAAGUUGGGAAAAGUCCUGCACUUUCUCGUGUCGGUUCCAAGAAAGAGAAAGAUGAUGGUAAAGACGGUAUAAGGAUCGAUCAUUUGCAGAGAUUGAACACUAAGAAUGUAUCCGCCUGGAGAAUGAAGAGACUGAUCAACAUAAUACGAAAAGGCUCUCUUUCUACAUUGCAUGAACAGAUACAGGACACGACGACUCUGGAGGACGAUAAGGCCACGCAGAUAAGAAGUGAAUACGAAGCAAAACUUGCAGCGAGGAAGAUCUUCCAGAAUGUUUCAGAACCAGGAUCUAGGUUCAUAUAUUUGGAAGAUCUUCUGCGAUUUCUGUCGGAAGAAGAGGCUGAAAGGGCCAUGGAUCUCUUUGAAGGAGCUUCUGAGAGCCAUCGGAUCAGCAAAUCUUGUCUGAAAAAUUGGGUGGUUAAUGCCUUCCGAGAAAGGAGGGCUCUCGCCCUGACUCUGAACGACACGAAAACAGCCGUUAACAGGCUUCACCAUAUCAUCAAUGUCUUGGUCGGAAUAGUGAUAGUAGUCAUCUGGCUUCUUAUACUCGGAAUCGCCUCUACCAAAUUCUUGCUUCUGAUCAGUUCUCAGUUACUUCUCGCGGCUUUCGUCUUUGGAAACUCCUGCAAAACCGUCUUCGAAGCCAUCAUCUUCCUCUUCGUUAUGCACCCAUUUGACGUCGGUGACCGCUGUGAAAUCGAUGGCGUCCAGAUGAUUGUGGAAGAGAUGAACAUCUUGACCACUGUUUUUCUCCGAUACGAUAACCAGAAGAUCGUAUACCCGAACAGCCUUCUCGGCACAAAAGCUAUAGCCAAUUACUACCGAAGUCCUGACAUGGGAGACGGGAUCGAGUUCUUCAUUCAUAUAUCAACCCCUGCUGAAAGGAUCGCCGCCAUGAAACAGAGGAUACUCAGUUACGUGGACAACAAGAAAGAUCAUUGGUACCCGGCACCGAUGAUCAUAUUCAAAGACAUGGACGGUCUGAACAGCGUGAGGAUCGCAAUCUGGCUGACGCACAAAAUGAACCACCAGAAUAUGGGAGAGAGGUGGACGAGGAGAGGUCAGUUACUCGAAGAGAUCGCCAAAAUCUGUAAAGAACUCGAUAUUCAGUACCGGUUGUACCCUCUGGACAUCAACGUUCGAAGCUUUCCUCAAGUCACAUCAGACCGUGUUCCUUCUGGUUGGAUCCAACAACACGGGAACUGAAAUAGCUUUUUAUGAGAGCUUUCUCAAGACCAUGAUGAGUUCAGGCUCUGGUUUUCGGUCAUUGUUGUCUUGAACUGAUGUUAGAUCUUCUGGUGCCAAUUUAAAAAAACGCAAUAUCCACGACUAGCUUUUACUAAA